UAACCGAAUGAAGAUGGGUAUCAUCAAAACUGAACCCGGCGGACGAAGCAACCAAAUGGGGAAAAGGCCCAUACUUCAGCGAUGGGAGUAAGUGGUUUUCGGGGCCAGAUUUUCUGCGACUGCCUGAAGAAAGGUGGCCACAUACCGUGGAAUCUUCCAUAGCCACGACAGAAGAAUCAAGAGCGUUCGUUAUGCUUCACACAGCGAUUUGCUCUGUUAUUCGUUAUGAACGAUUCAGUCGCUGGGAGAGAAUGCACAGAGCCAUGGGCUACGCGCUCCGAUUUUUGAACAACACUCGGUCCGAUCGCUCGAAGCUCUCGGGACAUUUUCAGCAAAACGAACUCAAAACGGCCAGAGAUACGAUAUUCAAGCUAGUGCAGCAUGAAGCAUAUACGGAGGAAGUAAUGCUUUUAAAGCAAAACGAAUCUGCAUCGCCAAACCAACGCACACCGAUUCACAAAGACAGUAGCCUCUACCAGUUCAUGCCUGUUAUGGAUGAGCACGGCAUGAUACGACAAAGCAGCCGAGCGAGGAAGGCAAAAAAUUUGCCGUUCGACAUGAAGUACCCCAUCCUGCUACCAAAAGAUCACUCAGUAACAAUCUUACUAGUCGACUACUAUCAUCGCAUUCAUCGCCAUGCUAACUCCGAAACAGUCGUAAAUGAAAUGCGACAAAUGUACAUGAUUCCGCGACUCCGCGUGUUAGUGAAAACCGUAUCUAGGAUGUGCCAACAUUGCAAAAUUCGUAAAACCAAACCACUGAUGCCGAUAAUGGCUCCGCUACCGACAGCGCGGUUGGCUCACCAUAUACGCCCGUUCAGCUACGUCGGAAUAGACUAUUUCGGCCCACUCUCGGUGAAAGUUAAACGAUCAAGCGUCAAACGAUGGAUUGCCCUCUUUACCUGCCUCACCGUGCGUGCAGUGCAUUUGGAAAUCGCAUAUGACCUGUCCACAGCCUCCUGCAUUGCGUGUGUGAGGAGAUUCGUUAGUCGCCGCGGAUCGCCAGUUGAAUUCUUAAGCGACAAUGGGACAAACUUUCAAGGCGCAGAACGUUUGCUCCGCGAACAGCUAAACGCAGGAUUGUCAGAAACUUUCACGAAUGCGGCAACUAAGUGGACUUUCCUUCCACCGGCAGCCCCGCACAUGGGCGGCGCGUGGGAACGCUUGGUUCGUUCGGUUAAAACAGCAAUGGAAGAAGCGUAUUCAGAUGGGAAUUUGAAUGAUGAGGGGUUACAGACUUUAGUCGUGGAGGCAGAGAGCUUGGUGAAUUCACGGCCUCUGACCUACCUACCGUUAGAUUCUGAAGAGUCCGAAGCUCUCACGCCAAAUCACUUCUUACUCGGGUGCUUGGGAGGGGUGAAACAACCAGUAUCAAUUACCGGGAUAUCUAAGCCAAAGCUCCUAAUGGACAUGUGGGAGCAAAUUCAAAACCAACUUACCACGUUUUGGAACCGUUGGCUGGUAGAGUAUUUGCCAGUAAUCCGAAGACAAACAAAGUGGUUCGACGAAACCCGUCCAGCCGAAGAAGGGGACUUAGUCUUGAUUGCCGAUGAGGCAAAACGCAAUGAGUGGAUACGAGGCCGAAUAGUUCAGGUGAUAAAAGACAGCGAAGGUAACAUUUGA